CUCAAGAUCUCACCGCCUCCUCUGCUCAACCCGCAUGCUUGAGCUUGACGAGCGGGAUGAGCUCCUCACCAACGGCCUCGCUACUUCGUUGCACCCUGGCGGACUUCAUAGAAAUGAUUCCACAAGCGACCACGUCCAUGUGGACGAUGCUGGCUGUUCAGAAGUGUCGAGCUCUCACCCGCUGCGCAGGUCUUCAGUAUCAUGCAUUAUGAAAGAUGUCGGUGAAAUACGAAUGACGUUGUCGGAUGAUGUUCCUGACUGCCCUUCUUCUAUCGAGCCGUCGGACGAUACCACAGAUAAUCUAGAUACUCCCAACCACCAUGACAUCGAUGACGUCCCACACACAGUUUCACCCGGUGACUCACUUGUUGCAAUUGCUCUACGAUAUGGCGUGUCUCUUUCAGCACUCCGGCAUGCAAAUCAGCUAUGGCCAUCAGAUCCAAUCGACCUCCGCACCCAACUCAUCAUACCUCGACAUCGUGUGCAUCAUACCAAGCGAAGAGCUGUUUCGCAAGCCACUUCUAGUAUUCAGGAGAUUGACAUUAUCUCCUCAUCACCAUUUGAAUCUACUUCAUCACUCUCGUCAACACUUCUCGCAGCAAGAGAUACUGUUUUGUCUGCUUUCCCUACGCGUAUCUCCAUAGAUUCCCUCAGCUCUCGCAUCAGCGCAAGAGAUGAGGAACUCGAGCUUGAAAAUUUGCUCAAGCCUCGUCUGCAAUCUCGCACCCCAGAGAUGGAUUAUCCAAAUACUCCUACCGCGCUUAGUGUCGAACUCGACACCUUGUCGCAUUCUCGACGCAGCUAUAUGCCAGCGCAUGAUAUGACCUCGCUACUUGACCAUGGCUCCCCACCACUAUCAUGUCAACAAAUUCGCAAUUUCACAUCAGAUCCCACUAUCAAACCAUUUGCAUCUGGUCGCCUUCAAACGUCCAAGCACAGUUCCCCCGCACCUGUAUUUGUUCCCGUGCGCAUAUCCCAGCUAGAGCCGGAACCUGCAAUGGAACUACCAGCGCUUAAAAAACACAAUAAUUUUAGCAUCCAUUCAAAGUCUCGGUCCGAGACGGGCACCUGUGUCAGACAGGCGCUGUGCGUACUCGUGGGUAUUGAACUUCAGUACACUCCUGUUUUCGCGUUCUGUGUUCCGCGAGCCCUUUUCCCCGGACCCUUAGUUUUUUACUCGACCCGUGAAAACCCGCCGCGCACUCACGAGGGCGUAUCUCACCCCAGAUUUUACGAUUACGCUGGAGUGGGCGAACCGACGAAGAGUCGUGCUGCAUUUGUCGUCCCGCUGCAGCCGAUUUCAAAUGUGAUCAUAUCUCUCGGAUAA